CCUGUUUCCCAACUAAGUUAUGGCUUCUCCACGACUGGAGACCUUUUGCUGCCCCAAUAGGGACCUAGCCACGCAACUAGUCCUUGAUUACCAAGCCGAGGUCUUUGGCUCUCUUUGCAUUGGUAGUGGAUUGGUAAGCAUAAUUCUCACUAUCUUCCAGCUUCUUCCUAAAACAAAACAAGGUUAUAAGAAACUUGGAAGAUCUGCUCUACCUAAACCGUCCUCAUCCAAGAUCCUUCUCCUAGUCAUUAUCUGUGACCAGUUGGGCUGCUUAGGCCUUAUCCUUAGAUCAACAAUAUGGAUAUCGUCUCCAGCUUUUAUUGGGAACAUGUCGCUAUCAAACACAACAGAUCUGUGGCCCGCUGCCUUUUGUGUGGGAAGUGGGAUGUGGAUUCAGCUCUUUUACAGUGCUAGCUACUGGUGGUUGUUUUGUUACGCGGUCGAUGCUUACCUGGUGGUUCGAAGAUCAGCAGGAUUAAGCACAAUUAUGUUGUAUCACAUGAUGACUUGGGGCCUGGCAAUCCUACUGUGUGUUGAAGGUGUUGCUAUGCUUUAUUACCCUUCUGUAUCCAACUGCGAGGAUGGAUUGGAACAUGCAAUUCCCCAUUAUGUCACAACAUAUGCUCCUCUUCUACUUGUCAUGAUAGUCAAUCCAAUCUUAUUUAGAAGGACAGUAUCAGCAGUUGCUACUCUACUAAAGGGAAGACAAGGAAUCUACACAGAAAAUGAAAGACGACUUGGGACUGAAAUUCAGAUCCGUUUUUUCAAGAUCAUGUUGGUGUUUGUAAUUUGUUGGAUGUCCAAUAUAAUCAAUGAGAGCCUUUUGUUCUAUCUGGAACUGCAGCCAAACAUCAAUGGGGAACUGCUGAAAAAUGUCAAGAAUGCAGCACUCAUCACAUGGUUCAUAAUGGCAAUACUGAACCCAAUGCAGGGCUUCCUUUUCACACUAGCUUUCUAUGGAUGGACAGGAUGUGAUGUGGACUUAAAGUUUCGCCAGAAAGAAAUUAUGUGGGAGCCAGUAUCCACGUCUGUUGCUACUGAAUCAGCACAGGAUGGUGCACUUAAUUCUUUCUUGAACUAUCCUGGCUAUAUCCAGAACCCCAAGAGUACUGCAAUGGAAAAUAGCCAGCAAACAGACGAAGCCCUGAGCAUGCUCUCUGAAGGUUCUGAAGCUAGCACUAUUGAAAUCCACAUUUCCAAUGAACUGCCAGAAUUAGAUGACAUUGAGGCUGAUGAUGAAUCCGGCGACAACUUUGAAAACUAAAAGUACAGAAAAUAAACUACAAAACAGACCCGUCAAUGGACAUAUAAUAUGACUGGUGCUUCACAAUCCAGAGUCUAUAAGACGUUUUCUUAUUCCAGACAUAUGUGGAAAUUCGCCUGAUACAUUUUACACUAUGGAAGUGGUAUUGUCUACAUACAAACGGACACCUAUUCUGUAGUAUGAAUUUUGCUUAUCUUCCAAAUUUCAGGAGACCAAAGAGGGACACUUUAGAUUUUUGGGGAGCUGAGUUUUACAAAGGCACUUUAUAACAUACUGAUGUAGCUAGUUAAGCUGUUCAGAAUAGGAAGCCUUUUUUG